AAUCUUACAAGACGUGAAUUCGAGUCUGGCGGGACCCAUAAUAUUGAUCAGGGCCUCGUGGGAGAGUUGCCAUUCCUACAGUGCCACAUUUCACAGUGCCAAGGCCCUUUAUAUCCCCCCAGGUGCCGCCACGAGUGCAAUAAGAAGACAAUGGUAAAGGUGAAGGUAGAAAAGGUGGGAGGAGCAGGGGAGGUGGAGGGGCCCAAGUUGUCUGGUAAAAAGAACAAGAAGGAAAAGAAGGUUCUCAAAGUGAUAAGUAAAAGAAAUGGUACUACAGAUGCCAGUGUUGCCAAGAAGAAGAGGAAUAGGAGAAAGAAGAAUAAAACAAAUACUAAUGGGAUUAUAGCUUCCCCUGAGAAUAAAAAUGCAGAAUCUUCACCUACAGUUGGUGAUGAAAAAAGUGAACCAACUAGUGAUAUUUCCUCAAGUUCAGUGGAGAAGCCUGUGAAGGAGGAACCAGCAAACACAAUCUCAGAAACUCCAGAGGCAGCUGCAAAGACUACAGAAUUGGGGGAGAAUGAAACACUGAACACACAAGGUAAAAAGAAAAGGAAGAGGAAGAACAAGAGGAAAGCUUCAGAAGCCUUAGAAGGAGCCUCUGAAAUGAUGGAAAAUAAGGAAGAUGAUUCAGGAGACACAGCAGAGGGGCAAAAGGGAACUAAAAGAAUGAAGGUUGAAGAGAAAAAAGCUGAUGCUGAAGAGGAUAAACCUAAAAAGGAAACAAAAAAGAUGAAGGCUGAGAAGAAAAAAGCAGAAGGUGAUGCAGGAGAUAAAUCUGAGUCAAAGAAAAAGCAGCAGCAACCGGAGAAAAAAUAUGUUCUCUUCUUGGGCAACCUUCCUUUUGAGCUCACUGACGACGAGGUCCGGGAGCACUUCAAGGUGGUGGGGGACAACAUCGUGCGGGUGACGCUCAUGCAGCGCAAGAAGAGUGGCAAAAGCAAGGGUUAUGGCUUCAUCGAGUUCAAAGAUGCAGCUGCCUAUAAUAAAGCUCUCAAGCUCAACUUGUCCCAGCUCAAGGACCGCAAGAUUAAUGUGCAAUUCACCACACCAGGCAAGAACACCAAGACACGCAAAGCUUUCAUAAAGAAUAAGACAAAGAAGCUGCUUGGCCAGAAGAAAGGAAAGAAAGUUAAGAAGGAAAGGCGUAGGAAACAUUGAUCAGGGCAAUAGAAUGCUGCCUUCUAAAUAUAGUCGGAAGUGAUGA